GUUCCUCCGAGGCACCGGGAGGAACUAGGUUUUCGAGUACGUCCAGACUCUCUUCUCGCCCUCUCUCUGUUUCCUCUCUUUUAUUAUCACCUUUCCUCCCCGUCAGUCCCUAUGGAAAUUGGGGAGUACCUGCAGCGUUGUGCCGGCCUGCUGCACGACCUGCUCAGGCCCGGGAGAUAACUGGGAAUAAAGAGAAGAGGAGGAGGAGGUAGAAGAAUCGAGGGAGGAAGGCAAAACGUAACACAGCCAAAAUGAAUAGCAAUCGGAUGGUGGUGGCUCAGCGGGGGGUAAUCCCGCCCCCAAAGCACUACGCAGAUUCAGCCUGGUUCAAGUAUAUUUUGUCGUGCUGUGCGGCUACCACAGCUGAGCUAGUCACAUAUCCACUGGACUUGGCCAAGACUCGACUCCAGAUCCAGGGGGAAAAAGGACUUAAUAGCAAUGGCAUGCAACCUUACAGAGGCUUGGCAGGGACCGGCGUUGGAAUUAUACGAGAGGAGGGAGCAUUAAAGUUAUGGCAAGGUAUUACUCCGGCUGUGUAUAGGCAUUUAAUAUAUUCUGGCACACGUAUGGUCCUCUACGAGAAAGUACGAGAUCACCUUUUCACAACACGGCCUGAUGGGACAAGGCCAGUCUGGCAGGCCAUUGUGGGAGGUAUUUUAGUGGGAGGAAUUGCGCAGUUCCUGGCCUCACCUGCCGACCUGGUCAAAGUGCAGAUGCAGAUGGAAGGACGAAGAAGGCUGGAAGGCAAACCCCCACGAGUUCACUCGGCUGGGGAAGCCUUCAUCAAGAUCUACCAAGCAGGUGGAAUGCGUGGAUUGUGGAAAGGGUGUAUGCCAAACGUCUAUCGCUCGGCUCUCGUCAACCUUGGUGAUCUGACCACCUACGACUCGGUCAAGAGAUACUUUGUGAACAGUUGGGGGUUGCCUGAUACAUAUUGGACCCAUGCAUUGUCUAGUACCUUAUCUGGCCUGGUGUCGGCCGUCUUGGGCUGCCCUGCCGACGUAGUUAAGGCCAGGAUAAUGAACCAGCCAACUGACAGUAAGUCCAGGGGUCUUUUGUAUCGAAAUUCCGCGGACUGCUUCUUGAAGACGGUUCGUAAUGAAGGGUUCUGGGCACUGUACAAGGGCUUUGUCCCCUGCUGGCUGCGCAUGGGUCCCUGGUCCCUUACCUUCUGGAUCACCUACGAACAGAUACGAAAUGCUUGCGGCACAUCAGCAUUCUAGAAAGUGCUGACAUACAUGGGUGACAAAAUAUAUGAAAAAGGGUAUACGUUUCCUUUGCAGAAAGUUCACUCUUCAGUCUUAGAAGAAGCUGGGCAACUUAGGAGUGGAAUUUCUUUUUUAUUAUAUUAUAUAUCUUAGUUUUUUUUUCUUCUUCUUCUUUUUGUUAACUGCCUUUUGGUAUAAUUUUUUUUUCUUUCUUUCUUUCUUUUUUCUCCUGUUAAUAAAUACAUAUUUUGUACAUAGAGAAUAAAGAUACUAUAUUGUAAAAAAAAAAUUAUGGGAUUGACAAAUAAUGUAAUUAUAAGGUUGUGUUUAAAAUCUUAGGCAAAGAAUGAUUCCCACAUGGUACCUUUACUUUUAGAGUAAGGAUGGUUUUAGUUGCAAAAACCCACUUGCAGUAACAAAGAGAUUAGCAGAUCACUUGAUUCACAACUGUGGAAUGGAAGAAGGUAUGGCACAGGCCCGUGAAGAAAGUCAUCUAUUUUAUUAUAUCAUUCUGUGGAAGAGCCACACCUUGAAUAGGCUGAUUUUUGCUCAUCAGCUUUAUUUAAGCAGAACAGAGUGGUGAUGUGAGAAGAACUCAUUUCAGAAAAUUUAAGAUACCUUGUGAAUUAAAAGAAAAAGAGCUGGUGAUCCUUAUGUCUGAUGUGCUCUGCUGUGAAGGCUUUUGUAAUGCAACUGUACUUGUGGACCACAUUAUAUCAGACUUGUUAUACAUAUAGUGUGGAAGUUCUGUGUUGAUUGUGUACCUUGUGUGGUGAUGGGAAGACAGGUUUACUUUAUAGCCUGGUGUUUUGUGAUGCAUUACCGUGGUACCUACAGUAUGUGUGUAGCUAAAGCACACAUUGUAGCAUAGCUAUGAAUAUGGUUCAGAUUAUAGGCAGCUAAAUCCUUUUGACUGCAUCAGUCAUUGUGAGCUUCAUAUGACCAAGACCGGCAGAUUUAUAUGCUUGCCAGUUAACAGUCGCCCAGAGAUCAACCAUAGCUCAUGCAUGAAGUUACUGUAUACCCCAUGCCAUGUGUUAGUCACCCAAACAAUGCAAUUGAUUAGUCACUACCUAAGUUAACUAGUAUACUAGUGUGUUGUUCAUAUCCCCCCCCCCCUUUUUUUUUCUUUUCUUUUCUUUUCUUUUCUUUCUUUUUUUUUUAACAAUGUGUAAUUUAAAAAAAUUGUUUUCUCAUGUAUUCCUUUUAAGCUUCUGUUGUGUCUGUAUGUAUAUAUAAUUAUAUUUUUUCCUCCUUUAACUCAUUACUUGAAGCACAAACAGGGGGGUAGCCAUGCACCCUCAGCUUAAACUAGGAGAUUGGAGAGUUGCCAGAAUUCAAAGAGGCUUCCAUAUACUGGUGUAACAAUUGCCAAAAGGGUUCUCGUUUCUUACUCUCCUGUCAAGAAAUGCGUCAUUUGUAUUAUGGUUUGAUCAUGAGAUGGGAGGAAAUAAUCACUUUUUCUCGUGUUGAUAACUCAAGUGUCUCUCAGGUGCCACUAUGAAUAUAUAUAUAUGUAUAUUUCUCUUUUUUUUUCUGUAAUUACCACCCAAGAAACUGAUAGAAUACUAUAUGAGCUUCCCAGUAAGAAUUAGAAGUUCCAGAUCAUCAGAUUGUAUUUUUUUACUUUUUUACAUAGGGAAAAGUAUCCUCCAAGUUCAGUACAGAGAUGAAUAAAUGGAAGUGUAUAACUUGCUGACACAGCUAAAGUAGGCUACAUGUGUUUAAAAUACAGUAAAAAUGAAUAUCAGGAGUUAGUGUAAUAUAGCAACUACUACGGAAUGAAGAAAGAAAAAAAAAGAUAUCAGUGAGAAAUGUAAUUAUUACUUAAAAAUAUUUUUAUGAUGAAGCGUCUUUAUGAAUACAACAGUUAACUCAAGGGAGAAUAUACUUUUUUUUUUUUUUAACGAGUUUAAAAGCUCUGCCUCAACGCAAUGAAGGAAAAGAAAUAGGUGAUGAAAUUACACAUCCUGGUUCUAUAUUUUCCUUCUUUUCUUUUUAUCUAUUGCAAUUGUAUUGUUAUAUUUCAAUAGUGAAAUAAUGUAAUAAGAUAAAGGAAUUAUAAAUACACAUACAUAUAGCACUUACAAAAUAAAGCAUACCUCAGAAACUUUUACCCCUUGAAGGCAACCUAGAAAUGAUGCUGACAGCAGUUUUGAUAGGUGUAAUCGAAUUAACAUGCAUAUACACUUGCAUAUGAAUAGCAAUGAUAGUUAUUAUCGUUAUAAUCUUCAUCCUUCAUAGAAACUUUCCUUUUUCUCUUUUCUUCUUAUGCUUUUCCUCCUCUUCUUUUUUCUACUUUUCUCCUGUACCUCCUCUUACUCCUCCUUUUGCAUUGUUGUCCAUCAUCUGCUCAAAAAUGAUAAAGAGAGAAGCACUGUAAUUAUUAUUACCUUUCUUCCUCUUCUUCCCCCUUUUCUUCCUCCUCCUCUUCCUCUUCUUCUUCCUCUCUUUUUGCUCCUCCUCCUCCACUUCUUCCUUCUCCUGCAUUGUUAUCCAUCACCUGCUCAAAAAUAAUGGAGAGAGAAGCACUGUAAUUAUUUUUACCUUUCUCUGUAAACAGGGAAGGAGCUCCAGAAGAAGCAGGUUCCAACUUUUUUACCCGUCACACGAUUUCCUUUGGUGCUUCAAACACAUUUUCUGUAAAGUGUUAUUUGUAUCUGAGUUUGUUGACAUGUUGCCUAACCCUUGUUAUUCCUGGUCCUGAUGCAAGACUGCUGGUGGUGUUAGUUAACCUGGCUGCAUCUGUGUAAAUAUUGGUGCAUUUAUUUUCAUUGUUGUGUCUUAAUGCUAAGCCUCGGCUCUUCUGUUUACGUGGCUGUUGUGGUUUUAACUCUACAUAUCCAUCUUUUCUUUGGUUCAUUUUAUUUGAUGAUGGCAUAGAAAUGUUUAAUUUUAACAAACAAAAACUAGCAUUGUGUAAAGGAGCUGUAUGAAUAUCUGUUUCUAAUGAUUUAUUAUUAUUGUUACGUUUAAUGGAACUUUAGAGAACUGAUUAAUGUAGAACUAUUUAACAAUUACACAUAAACAAUAUCUUAGCAUUAACACUGAAGGACAUGCUUAGAUUUCUAAUGGUUCAUGUUUUCGUACAAGAAAAUAGAAAAGCAGCCUGUUAAAAAGGAACCCAUCAAAAGGUUUUUCCUGAAUACAACUGUCAGCUAAAAGCACUUGCUAAAGACAAGCUCAACUUAAUGUGCAUAGGAUAUAGGCUGAAGCAGCAAUGUAUUAUGCCGUAAAGUAGAAAAAAGAAAAAAAAAAGAGGUUCCUAGCCUGUGCCCCUUUUCUUCUUCUCCCUCUCAUCUUUUAAUUAAGGAAUGCUUACACCUCAGGACUUUUGGUUGGGAUGGGAAGGUCUUACCUGCAGCAUUGAAAAGAAAGAGAAAAGAUAUACCAUACGUGGAUGUUUGGAUAUGUUUGGUGCAGUUACUGGAAGCCAAGACAUGGACAACUGAAAGUGGGAGCCAAGAAUUUCAGAAGCGCCAAGUAAAGCAGUUAUAAAUAUCAAGAAUGGAGUGCUGUACUGACAAGAGAAGAUACAAAGGAGAGUUUGAAAAUGUAAUGCGCCUUCUUCUAUUUGGAUGUUAUUUUGUCUGUCUGAGGGAGAGAGGGGCAUUACCUAAAUAUUGUUAACCAUAAUGAAUCCAUUUUUAAAAGCAAAGUUAUUUUAUAUGUGCUAAACAUUGAGACUAUAGUUUUAUAAGAUUUAUAUUUCACAGCUCAUUUUCUUAUGCAUUUUGGAAGAAGAUAAAACUAAAAACAGAGCUUCAUUUUGCAAGCUUGAAGGUAAGUUGUCGCAAGCUUGUAAGAGAUUUUACAUUGCGAGCAAGUACGGCUUGAUGUGCCAUAUCAGAAACUCAUUGUGGAAGUCACACCCAUGCAUUUAUCAGAGAAUAAAUGACCGUGAACUAGAUACAUCAUUAUUUAUGGUAUAAGUAAAUAUUGGUGUCUAUUGUAAUGUAUUUUAGUACCUUGCAAGUUAUAGACAAUAAAUAUUUUUAUGUAACUAUGA